UUGUCUCAUUGGCCUGUACCGGCUCAAUAUUGUGAUAUUGGAGACGGGAUCAGCUUAGUCAUUCACCACCACCACGGAAAUCGCGGCCGAAAUCCCUCUAAGCCACCCACAACGCGGAAGUUAACAGUAUUUUGAAGCUCGAUUGGCAGCAAAUGCGGAUGCAAGAUUUGUAAACUCUUGGACUGACCUGGCAUUAUGAACACCCCUGUGUCGAGUGGUCACAUCUCUCGAUGUGAGAAGAUCUUGCUUUUACUUGGAAACGCAACAUCUGAGGAAAACAGAGAAAGAGACUGUACAUUUGUACAGAAGGCAAGAAAGGAUCUUGAAAAGAUAAGGCAACAUGGUGAUCCUCCAGAAAUUACAGUAGCUGUAUAUGGAGACACUGGGGCAGGCAAGUCCUCCCUGUUGAACGCCCUGUUGGAUCAGCCGUACCUGUUGCCUACGGCCGGAAUGGGAAGAGCAUGUACAUCGGUGGCCAUAAAAAUAGAAGAAAACAAAACAAGCUCUAGUUUUGAAGCGGACAUUGAGUUUCUCACUGCAGAGGACUGGGAAAGAGACCUCAAUGUUUUAAGGCAUGACCUGAGACAGAAUGAUGGUGACAACGAUGAGGAUAAUGAUGGUGACAACGAUGAGGAUAAUUAUGUGUACAAUGAAGCUUGUGCAAUGUUUACUUUAAUGUAUGGUGACUUUGAGCCUACAAACCUCGAUACCCUGUUAGCUGAUGAUACUGACACAGCUGAACUGCUUGGAGCUGACAAGAAACUGCUUGACUCCAGUGCAAGAGAGCUACGGGACAAGAUCAGCACAUACAGUGAGAAAACUGAUGAUGACUGUCAGUUCUGGCCAAUAGUGAAACAAGUGGUUCUGAAAGUACCGGAUUCAGGCCUGUGUCGGAGCGGCGUUAACUUGGUUGACCUCCCUGGAGUCGGAGAUUCAAACGCAGCAAGAGCAGAUGUUGCCAGAAAGUACAUACAAACCUGUGAUGUGCUGCUGGUCGUUACGAAAAUUGAGAGAGCUGUUGACAACGAAACAGUCGAGCAAACUUUAGGGGACAAACUAUUUAGUCAGCUGUUGAUGGACCACACUGAGACAGUUGUAGCCUGUACACACACAGAUGAUGUCAAACCGUCAGAGGUCAUCAGAAAACUGCCGUUACCACAGGCAGCAGAGUGGACAGCCAAAGGUCAGCGAUACAAGGAGGAGGAAAAAGUCUUGCAACAAAAGUUAGCAGAUUUAAAGAGGGAUAAACAGGUGGAUUGCCGUAGUGAAAACUCUCUUAUCCAGCAGCAACAACGUCUUCAUGCGGCAAUAGACCAGUUGAAGAGAGAGAAAACAUCAACGUGUGCUGUUGAAAGGAACAAGUUUGUCAGGAAUUCUAUUCUGCCUAAAAUAUCAAGCCCGCCUUCUCCUCAUGAUCAAGAAUGUCCCCAUGACCCGAAGGUGUUUUGUGUCAGUUCCAGUGACUAUAUCAAUCUAAGCAACCUUGUCACUUCUGACGACGACGAUGACGACAAGUCCCCAGUGUUUCUGUCAACAGAAGAUACCGAAAUCCCUGGUUUAAGAACCUAUCUGCAGGAUCUAGUUUGGAAAAAACAGGAAGAACACAGGAUGUCUCUGCAAGAUGAUUUCCAGGCAAUCAUAGAUGGCAUACUGAUGUAUAUCAUAAAUUCAAAAAGAGGAACGACGGCCCUGAGGGAAGAGCUUGAGCGUCAUCUUGACACAUUACAAGAUGAAGGACAAUUAAUACUAGAUGAGUUAGACUCCCACCUGCAGUCGUCAUGGAUUGCCGUCCUUGGUGCAACUCUUGAUGAAGCAACAUGGGAAGCGAUAAAACAGGCAAAACCCACAGUUGAAUCGUGGGCAGGACUGAGAAGCGAGGGGGGUCUGGCCUACAAGACCUACAGGGCAACUGUGUGCCGAAUGGGAAUCUUUAGAUCAAGUUCGAUUGGCCGCGUCAUUAAUAUGAAUCAAGACCUUGCAGAUCCGUUUGUAAAGAUUCUCUCGAAGGAAUGGACGCCUCGUUUCAGUGAACAGGCAUGGAUUGAAACUGUGAAAAGCAAAAUAAAAGAGCCUGCUUCCAUCGCCAUAACUCGCCUCACAGACGCCAUCAUGAGAUCCCUUGGUGACAGUGACGCAACACUUCUAAAGGAUCUGACUCAGUUGCAGAAAGAUACACUUGGAAAAUUAACGAGACUGGAUUCACUCUGGGAGAAAACAAUCAAAAGGCAACAAAGAGCAAUAACGCACAUGAUUCCAGACUUCGUACAGGAACAAAUGCAGAGCGCAUACGUGCCAUGUUCGGAGCAAGGAGGUCCCGGGGCUUUCAAGAGAGUCAAAGACAUCAUGGCAAGCACCAUUGACCAGUUGAAGAGUAAGAUGUUUAAGCAGCUCAAGGAAAAGAUCACAGUGUAUCUGGGUCAACUGAAGAAAGGUUUUAUGAAGGAAGCGAAGGAAAUUCUGGAGGACAUUGUUGAAGACACUGAGAAGCAGAUAAUGCCUCUGUCGCAGACACGGGGUGAAACCAUCUAUUUGGAAACUCUGGAAAGAUCUGAGGGCUUGAUCCAAACUCUCAGUGAUGAUUUUGCAAAGUACAAAACGAGCGAAGAACGCGAUACAUCUGGUCCGGAAUAAUUCCCAUGGCAAUAACCUACAUGGUCAUGCUGCAUCAGACACUUUGCAAGCAGAAGGAUUUACAGAUGUAUGGGACUCCUCGAUUAAUGUAUAUCAGGUGCUCCUCUGAGAUUGAGAUAAUAGAAGUUACUGUGCUAUUAAUCCUUGGUUUAUUUAGACAUAUUCAUAUUCCUCUUCAACUAUGUAACACUAUUUCAACACGGGAGCAUUUCUUUCUUACAUGCGCAUUAUUACUUUUUGAAUAUGUUCAUUGUGACAAUCCAAAGUAACAGAGAGCGUGAAGUAUUGAAUUUCCAGUAUGUUUGUCACCAAUCACAUCUUGAUGGAUCAAACAGCUCAAAAUUUUCUGAAGAUGGACAGCGUAUGUUUUGUAAGGUUGUAACCCAUGCAUGGCGAUAAUAAACUAAUGCGUGAGGGCACAUACGAUUUUGAAAAACAUCAACAGUGGGCAAACCGUACACUGUACGGUCACAAAAUCAAAGGUUCAACUGCUCCCUUUUCAUCCACAUUCGAUGUACUUCAAGAAUGAGUUCAUGAUUUUGUAUAAAUGGUAUACAAUUAUUUUCGUGGAAAAAAUGGCUUACAAUGAUGGUGGUCACACAUCGCGGGUCACAAAUCAGGUGGAGGUAAGCAACGUCGGUCUCGGAGUGGAGUUGGAUAGGUGACCGCGUUCAGCAGCUUGACUCCUGAAAGUUGCCAGGGCUUCGGUCCUGCCCCACACUGAAGCACAUGUACCACAUGUGGCGUCUCCUUAGGCAAGUGGUAAUGUGUUUCAAAGGCAGCUUGGGUAGUGUACUCCCUAGGGAGCUGAGAAUAAGAAUCAAACUAUUCACACCGAUUCAUUGACCGGUUUAAUAUUGUAGUGUUUUCAGCACGCUUUUAGGCAUGGAUUUGACGCAUAAUAGAUAUGGGCAUAGUUAUUGUUAUUUGUUACAUGGGGCACGGGUGGCCCAGUCGUCUAA